UACGUGGAUAUUAUCUUCAUCUCUUCUCCCUCCCAACUGCCAUUAACGAACUCUUAAACCAUAUGUCAGCACCACAACAUCAAAUCACUUUCAUCAUUCACUUUCAAAUCCGAUAAAAAAAAAGCAAACAGUUUCCAAGAUGGUUUAGUUGGAAGAUUGAUCCAAGAUACCAAAAAAAUCAUUUCUUUUGUUUUAAAUCAAUGAAUCCGUUUCUCCACCGAGAAAAUGAUCCACCACUGUCACCACCAAAACCAGUUGAAGGGUUGCACGAAAUAGGACCGCCUCCGUUUCUGAUCAAGACAUUCGAGAUUGUGGAGGAUCCAAACACGGACCACAUCGUGUCUUGGAACAGAGGAGGCACUAGUUUUGUCGUCUGGGAUUUGCAUUCUUUCUCCGAGUUUCUUCUCCCUCGUCACUUCAAACACAGCAACUUCUCAAGCUUCGUCAGACAACUCAACACUUACGGUUUUAGAAAGAUAGAGGCAGAGAGAUGGGAGUUUGCAAACGAAGGUUUCCUCUUGGGACAGAGACAUUUACUGAAGAGCAUCAAGAGGCGAGCCUCCUCCGCUUCAUCCAUUCAAGAUCCUUGCGUACAGCUUCUUAAGGAGAAGCAACUGCUGUCGAUGGAGCUGGCAAGUCUGAGACAGCAGCAACAAACAGCGAGAAUUUACAUCAAAUCAAUGGAACAGAGGAUUGAAGGAGCAGAGAAGAAACAGAAGAAGAUGAUGUCGUUCUUGGCUAGGGCGUUGCAGGGCCCUACGUUUCUGUAUCAGCUACUCCAGGAGAGAGACAUGAGAUUUAAGGAGGUUGAGGUUGAGGUAGAAGAGAGGGAAAGAGGUUCUUCGGUGUCUGAACUUGAGGCUCUGGCUCUGGAGAUGCAAGGGUAUAGGAGACAGAGAAAUGUCAAGGAAGAAGAGGACAUGGUGGUCGAGAGAGAGUUGGACGACGGUUUCUGGGAAGAGUUGCUUAGUAAUGAGAGUUUGGCUUCUACCUCUUCUAGCUAAGAUGUCUCUAUCCUUUUGCAUUUUAGUUGUUCUUUGAAGUUUUUUCCUUUACUUUUUUUUUUUGUUGCCUCUUUUGUUUUGUUUCUCACUUGUUUAUUUUCAAGCACUUCUUGUCAAAAAGUAGUAGUGUAAUUUUUGUCAUGUGUGUAGAUAAAUAUACGAAAGUAUGUUUGUCCUUAA